CCUCCACCAUCUAUAAAGUAUUUCAAAGCUUUUUUCUCGUUCGACUGAAGUUCAGAUUGGACAAUCAUAUACUGUCAUCGCCUCUCUAAAGUUGAAUUCAUCAACAUUCAUGUCCGCCAGUACCGCGCCCAUUCAAAACGGCAAUGCCGUUACGGCAGCUGCUACAGCUCCUAACGCAAGUGGAAAGCCAACAGCUGCUCCAACAGAAGUAGGUUGGUUAUUCGUUCCACAAUACUACACAUUCUUGAACAAUGAUCCAAGUAAGUUACAUUGUUUCUAUUCAAAACGCUCCACAUUAGUACAUGGUACCGAACAGGAAGAAGCACCUCUCUGCAUCGGACAACAACAAAUUCAUGAAAAGAUCGUCUCUUUAGGCUUCUCAAAUGCAAAGGUAUUUGUUUCAAACGUUGACAGUCAAGCAUCUGCUGCAGGCGGUAUCAUCAUUCAAGUUCUUGGUGAUAUCUCAAACGAUGGCGGUGCUUGGCGUAAAUUCGUUCAAACAUUCUUCUUGGCCGAACAACCAAAUGGUUACUUUGUUCUGAACGAUAUCUUCCGUUACCUCAAAGACGACGAAGAAGUAGAAGAGGAAGCACAAGAUAUCGAUGAAGCAAUCACAGAAGAAGUGCAAGACGCUGCCGCAAGAGGUGUUGAUGUUGUUCAUCAAGCAGAACUUCAACCUGGUGUCACUGCACCUUCAGCUGCUGCAAUCACUGCUGCCCAAACUGCAGCUACUUCCAUCAGCACUGCACCUUUGGACACAGUUGAAGAAGCUCAAGCAGUCGGUGAUCUUAAAGCACAAGAGCCCACACCUGCCGCACCUUCCGAAGUCGGAGUUGACAAAAAGGUCACCACUAUUGAACGUGAGGAAGCACCUGUCACACGCGGUCAAAUGGAAGCCAAUCAAACUUCCGCUGCUAACCCUAAAGCCCCAACGCCCGCUUUGAAUGGCACAAACUCAAAUGCUGCUCCUUCCAUAUCUCCUGCUGCCGCUGCCGCCGCCGCUGCUCCCGCUGCACCAAAGACAUGGGCUAAUUUGGCGGCUUCCAAUGCCACAAAGUGGGGAUCAACAGUCAACUCUGAAUCUCGCGGUAUCUCUUCUGCACGCGAAAACCAACAAGCUCAACAAUCAUCUCGUCCUUCUAACAAUACUAACAACAACGGUAACGCAGCCCGUCAAACCGGUCAUGUGUUCAUCAAGAACGUUAUUGUUGAAAACCUACCAAGUGAAGGAUUACAAGCUGCUCUAGAAGCCAAAUUUGGACCGAUGAAAGAAUGCACAGUAAAUGCAGCCAAACAAGUCGCUUUCGGUGAAUUUGCAUCAGUUGAUUCAGCACGUAAAGCAAUUCGUGCAAGUGGAGAAGGAGGUGUAAAGGUUGGCAAAGAUGGCUCUGCUGUUAUUAUUGAAGAAAAACGCAAGCCUGCUAAUGCAAACGCUUCCGGAAACGCAAGCGGUGCUAGCCGUGGCGCUCGUGGUGGCUCUUCUGGUCAAGGUGCCGGACGGGGUGGACGUGGCACUGGUCGUGGAGGUGUUGCCGGUGGACGUGGUGGUCGCACGGCUGCCUAAAUAGUGUUUCAACUGGAGAAUGGCUCAGAUCAAUGAAGGGCUCCUACGCUGAAUUGGGAUGCAAGCUUUCAGUGAAGGAUGGAUCAUGAGCAAUAUAUUUGCACCUCACCUGCAGUGCAAAUAUUGACAAAACACUUUAUGCAAAAAAAAACACAAAUCGCAUUUUACGGCUAACGCUUUUCACGAAAAAAACAUUUCCGUGCAACCAUGAUUUCUUUCUAAACAAAAAAAGGGUAUUCGUCAGAUUUUCUCUGAAUUUUCAUUUUUGACGACAUUAUUUUGUCUCGUUUUUCCCAUCCAUGUGUACUUGUCAACAUCCCCAAAAAGCAUGAGUCGUAUUUUCUACUUUCUUCAAUAAUAAUGUGGCUCUUAUUCUUCAUGUUAAACAAUCACCAAUAUAUGCGCAGCAAUUGUUUGUGCAUCUCUUUGUGCUAGAAUGUUAUUUUUGCACAAAUUAUCUGGC